CAUGGCUGCCGUCCGGACUGGGUCGCUGCUGCUCCUGCUGCCCUGGCUGGGGCUGGCGCUGGAGACGGGCCAGUUCUCGCUGCUGAUGCCACAGGUGGUGCCGCCCAAGCCGGAAACCUACUUCUGCACGUCCGUCAGACUUUUGGAUGACAAGGACCAGUAUAUCGUGGGCUUCGAGCCGAAUGCCACCCAGAACACUGCGCACCAUAUGCUCCUGUACGGCUGCGAGCGGCCGGGCACUGAUGACGCUGUCUGGAGCUGCGGGGACAUGGCCGUCAACGACCCCAGCAAGAAGUCGGGUCCCAUCUGCCGCGGUGCCUCACAGGUGAUCUAUGCCUGGGCAAAGAACGCGCCGAAGCUGAUUCUUCCAAAGGGCGUGGCCUUCCACGUCGGCAAGAGCACCGGCCUGAAGUACCUGACGCUGCAGGUCCACUACGCCGACGUCUCACCCUUCAAAGACGGGAAAACAAAGGAUGAUUCGGGAGUCUUCCUCACGUACACCGAGACACCGCAGCCGAAGGCGGCAGGCGUUCUGCUGCUCGGUACUGGCGGCUUCAUCUUCCCCAACACAGUCGACUACAUGGAGACGGCGUGCGACGUAGAGGAGGAUAAGGUCAUCCACCCGUUCGCAUUCCGAACCCACACCCACGCACUGGGCGAGGUGGUCUCCGGCUGGAAGGUGCAGCCGAAGGACGGCGGCUAUCAGUGGACGCUGAUCGGCAAGAUGAACCCACAGCUGCCUCAGAUGUUCUACCCGGUGCUGGAUGACAUCACACUCACCAAGGGCGACAUCGUGGCUGCGCGAUGCACGAUGAACAACUACCGCUCCAGGAUCACAAGAGUCGGCAACACGGGCAGGGACGAGAUGUGCAACUUCUACCUGAUGUACUGGUCGGAAGAUGGCGCGCUGAACAUGCCCAACUGCUUCCGGGAGGGGCCACCACAACUCUACUGGACCAGCAUGGGCUUGGACAACAUCCCCGACUACGAGGCGUCGCAUCUGCCGCUGAAAUUCAAAGAACUGGUUCGCCAGCAUGGCCACCAACACCACGGCUAAAUAGAUUACUCCGCAGUUCGAUGCGGGCGAUGGUAUCAGUGGGAUCUCCGCCACAUAACAGGCAAUUAACCCUUUGUACUCAAAAUUGAAAAAGGCGCAUGCCUCUAUAGGUUUCAUGUUACCAAGAGGCGUGGUCUCGGAUGUAUUAUGUUAAUUUGAAAAGGUAAGAUUUUCUGGAAAAUUGGAUCUUUGACUUGUCAUAUGGGGUCAAUUAUUGACCUAACAAUUCUUGUCUGCUGAGCUCUAUACGCAUUGUUUUCAAAACGCCAGGGGAGUCGCAUCAACCCCUUAUCAGUCCGCAUUUUGAAAAACGGCGAGUAAGGGCGAGGGUCAAUGCCCAUUCACGUCCUUCCGAAAUCAAGGAAAAUUUGCUAGUUUAGUUUAAGGCUGGCACAGUUUAGGACGUUGGCAUUGUGACGGGUAAUGCCUUUUGGUAUCGUAAAGAGACCGCAAUUUUUUGUUUUUUUCAAAGAGCACCGAACCUGAUUUUAUAUCUGAUAUGGGACCAGGCAUCUUGUACUUAUCUCUUGCCGGUUAGAAAACAACUGGCAACGUCUUUUUGGUGACAACACUGAUGUCCUCGAAUUACUCGCAGCUUGCACUUCACCGUAGUGAUAUGCCCCUGGUAAAAACAGUGGUGGUAGGAUUGAAUGCUUUAAAUAAUGAAAUAGGGUGCUUAAGACCGUACAGAUUCUUCCAGUGCAUCAGUGAACCGUGUAGCUGAUCAUUUGUUGUUAGUUAAUGUUAAAGUAAUACCUCUUGUUCUGCCCAAUGUCGAGGAUUAUCAAAUGUGUCAUCGUGCUACUGUUGCCAUGUGUCCAUGCUCGGGUACUGUUAUUCUACUGACUCUUUCACAGCAGGUGCAUGAUUUGCUGCCAUCACGGACAGGAGCGCAGCACUAAGCUGAAAGUAGACGUAGCCAUUCGCUGCUGCAAGAUGUAUAUUUUUCUGUGGUUCUAGUCUAAAAUUUAUAUCUGUGAACACAUUUAUCGCUAAGAACGGACGGAUGCAGCGGUAACCCUAUUUUUCUAGCCCGUACUGAUGUGGAGCAUAGCGUCCGGCGGUGCACGGCGUGUGUUUGUGGGUAGGUAUCUCCAUAUUCUGUGUGGUAAUUCAACCCAAAAUCUGCAAUGCCACGGUUAGUUUCCUUUAUUAAAUGGUGAGUUAUCUACGCUAAGAAAAUGUUUGGAACGUUUCAUCUGUCACUGCAUGCAUUGAAAACAUUUUUUAAAAUAAAAACUAGAGCAUGCGGUCAAUUGUAUCAACAAAUUGCUGAUGUAAUAUUUGCACCCAUUAUAUUUUAUACAGUUAUCUGCACGACAUGCAGCUUACGAUAAGAUAUCUAAUUUAAUGAUAGGUAGUGAACAAGUGUUGAUGCCAUGUAACACAAUGCUUAUACGCAUGUCUGUGUUUGAUGACACAAAGCCGGAAACCGAAAAGGUGUAUGGUAUGGUUACAUAAAGGGCUUACCGUUCAACAAUGAUGCAUGUUACUCGUUGAACAUGGUGUUCUAUCUAACAAUGUAUCAUAAUUUACUAUCAAUUUAUUCUCAAAUAUACGAUAGCAAAAAUG